AUGGAAAAUAUAAAUCAAACACAAGUGACUGAAUUUAUUUUCACAGGACUUUCAGAGGAUCCAGUGACAAAUAUAGGCUACUUUAUAAUAUUUCUCCUAUCUUAUAUUAUAACAUUGCUAGGAAAUAUUAUCAUCAUCUUUCUUAUUAUCACUGAUCAUCAUCUGCAUAGCCCAAUGUACUAUUUUCUAAUUAAUUUAUCGGCAAUAGACAUAUUAUUUACGUCAUGUAAUAUACCCAAAGCACUGACUAUUUUUAUAUCUUUAAGAAAAUCUAUUUAUUUUAAUGGCUGCAUCACACAAAUGUAUAUUUCACUUGUCUUAGGUGAAACUGAGUGCAUCCUUCUUGCGGUAAUGGCAUAUGAUCGAUACGUUGCUAUUUGCAUUCCUCUACGUUACGCUUUAAUUAUGAACACACGAUUUUGUUUUAAGGUUGCGUUUUCUUCAUGGAUGUCUGGUUGCGUUUUUGCUACCUUUCCAACAUUAAAAGUUAUAUCUUUGCCUUUUUGUGGACCAAAUGAAAUAAACCAUGUCACCUGUGAAUAUUUGGCAUUGCUGGACCUCGCCUGUGUGGACACCACAUUUACGCAGCUGAUGUUGUUUCCAAUUACGUUAGUCGUUUUACUGCUUCCAUUUUCUUUCAUUAUUACCUCUUACAUUUUUAUUAUCAGAUCUGUACUUAAUAUUAACUCUGCGGAAGGGAGACGUAAAGCCUUUUCUACUUGCGCAUCUCAUCUUACUGUUGUUUGCAUCUUUUAUGGUGCAGCCAUAGUUAUAUAUUUAGGUCCUAAAUACAAUAAUCUUCCUGACCUCGAAAAGUAUUUAUCUUUAUUUUGUGGUGUUUUAACCCCUCUUUUAAAUCCCAUUAUCUAUAGUCUAAGGAACAGAGAAGUAAAAGGAGCCAUAAUUAAAGUUUUUAUUAAUAGAAUUAUUUUUAUACAUGCAUAG